CAAUUCUUCUUCUCACGGAUAUCAUCUCAUCGUUUUUCCACGAUUUAAUAAUCUCAUCGCUCCUUCCCCCCUCCCCCCACCAAAGAAAAAUGCUUCUCUUCCUUAUCGGGCAGAGCGUCGUUCAAAAACUCGAUAUGAGUCCAACUUCAGGCCGUCGAUCACCGAGUCCUCUUUGGACGGCGUCGAAUCGUUUCCCUUUCUCGAAGCUGCGUGUUUCCGCGUCCAGGAAAAAAUCGAGGGCUCGAAAGUCGCCUCGUCGACUCGUCGAUCUUCCAACUUUCCAACGGAAGAAGAAAUGUCUGCCGGGCAUGUAUUCAAACGACUACGAUGACGGUACUCUUAUGAAUUCCUAUAUUAGAUGGAGUAAAAGGUACAACGUCACCUCUCUCCCAUUCUUCAUCGUUUCUUUUUUGUUUCUCUCGGCCACGGGUCGCACAUGUGCAUCGGUUCAUCACGUUCGACCGCGAAAUUGAGACACGGCCACGAUUCGAUUUCACGAAUUCGUUCUGUGCAGACUGGCCAGACUUCAUCAACGUACCCUCCGGAUUUAUCAGGAGAACGAGUACAUGCAUCACGACGACCAAGGUCCGUACACGGAAUUGAACUAAUCCCGAUCGUACGACGAUAACUAGGUUAAAGUACGAUUCAAGCACGAUACGCGUUACUUCGUUACUUAUUUCGUUACACGUUCCCUUGAUCGGUCCAUUGUUGGGGCCGGUUCAAACGUUGGAUUCCUCCAUCGAGUCCUUUCAUUCGUCGCGUUUAAACGUUUGCACUUUUCAUUAUUUACCAAAUGCGGGAUUCGGUAUGUAAAUUAGAUCUGUUUCGUUCACGUUUCGCAGAUCGGUAAAAUUAUUUUUUAAAUUGGAAAUAUCGCUCGUUAAAUUUUUCUCGUGUUGUUAAAUCUAUCUGUACUGUAUUCGUCUUUAUUACUUUUAUCUUGAUCUAUGAUAACUGAAACAGAUACACAAGUAAAAAAAAAUUCGUGGAAAAUUCAAAUUUCGUUGAUAUUCCUUUACGUUUGUUUGUUUGUUUUUUUUAAUUAAAAUUAUCGUGUGGAGAUAUCUCCGUUUUCAUCCUAUCGAGACGAGAGGAAAUCCCUUUCGGAUUGUGUUGCUUGCAUCGGCCUGACCGCUGUGACGUCAAUUUUUGAAUAUAAAGAAACGUUUAAGUUAACUGUUUAAUCUUCGAGCAGACAAACGAUCUCGACAGAGAGCGAGGAGGUGAAAGCUGACGAGGAAGCCUGCUGGAAAUGCAGAGGGGAAGAUGUGGAAGGGAACUCGGUUUCGUUCCCUCAUAUACAAGAUCUCUGUCCCGCUGAUAGGAAGAGGAUAGCUCUACUGGUCAAACAAUUAAUUAAAUGCACCAAGGAAAUGCGGGACGCCAAGUCAGAGCUGGCGGUGAGCGAAUCGGAAAAGGAAGCAAUGAGGAAUCAGUACAAGAAAUCCCUGGACCGUCGUGAAACUGAGAAAAAACAAUUGGAAUUUCAACUGGAACAGGCUCGAGUCGAGGCGAAGGAGUUAAAGAUUCGGAUUUCACGUAUCCUGGAGUUGUUGACACGGCAAAUCGCCACUCAGGAAAAACAAUUCCUCGAACUUACGCAAACCGUGAGGAAUCUGGUGAGUGAGAAAUCCCGAUUGCAGAAUGCUCUGGACGAGAAGCAGUCAGAAACCAAUGCACUCGAGGGUAAAUUUCAAAGAACAAAGGAACUACUCGAGGAGGUGAAAUUAGAAAGGAGUAAGGAUACCAUGAGGAAGGCUCAUCAAGCUUGUCAAACCGAUGAGUUCGAGAUAACUACGAGUAAUUUGGAGGAAUUCGAUAAAGAUUCCAUGUCGUAUCAGAUUCAAAAUGUACGGAUCAAGGGUAAAAAUGAUCUGGACGAGCCUUCUACCGAGGGGACAUUAUUGAGAGAACUAUUCUUUAGGAAACCGAGCCUCGAGGAAAGCGAAAGCUUGGAUAUUAUUCCAGUUCUGUCAGAGACAGACUUGCAAACUAAACAUAGUACCAGCACUAUGCUUUUUCCUUGAUAUGUUAUUUGAACGUGCUCUUUUUGUUUAAAAAUUUUAAUAAAAGUUUCAACUGUCAUAAAAAUUUUAUUUCCCAAGUAAAAUUGUAAAUUAUAAACAAAAUGCAUGUAAUAUAUUUUUUUUCUCUAUAUUUUGAUAUUUUAAGAUAGACGAGAUAUAUAAUAGAUCUAAUGUUUAAUUGUCUUUUCUUGUUCUCGGAAAGAAUCCACAAUUUCCUUAUCAUUUGUCAUCCUCAAUUACCAGUAUAGAAUACCAUUGUGGUUAAAGUUGUUGAUUAAAUUUUCAUGUGAAAUCGUAAAUGAAAUAUAUGAUGGAAUAUUUUAUAAUUUUAUAACAAUAUUAAUGUCUUAAAUUUGUUUAAAAUCGAAUUCAAAAUCAUACUAACAUAAAAAUCAAAAAGAAAUUCGAUAAAAAUAAUUAUAUUAAAAUAAUAUAAUGUUUUUAUCGUAGAAUGAGAUUUUAAAAUUAUUAUAAAAUGUUAUAAUAAAUAAAAGAAUUUAAAAGUGUACAUUAAAAUAUCAAAAAAUAUGUAACUUAUUAUAUAUUGAUUAUUAUAAAUCUAUUUAUGGCUACCUUGUAAUUAUCCUCCGAAAAAUAAGAUUUAAAAUAUUCUAACGCAUUAUAAAUCAAAAAUUAAUAUUAUAAAACAAUAAAUUUAAUAAUAGUUUGUAAAAAUAUACACUAAUUACUACACAUAAUAUUGUAAUAAAUUGUUAAAUAUAUAAAUUAACAAUAAAAAAUGUAAAAAUU